AUGUGUGACCAGACUUUUUUGGCAAUUGUGUUUGGUCCUUGUGACAAGUGCUCCAAAGAGAAACCCCUCAGGGGAAUUUACAUCAAAUCAGAACAACUCAACUACUGUUCGCUAUGUGUGGAAAUGAUGGCAACCGAGGGGCUGCACGAGAACGAGACCCUGGCGUCCCUGAAGAGCGAGGCGGACAGCCUGAAGGGCCGGCUGGAGGAGGAGCGGGCCAAGCUGCACGAUGUGGAGCUUCAUCAGGUGGCGGAACGUGUGGAAGCCCUAGGUCAGUUUGUGAUGAAGACCAGGAGAACUCUGAAAGGCCAUGGCAAUAAAGUCCUCUGCAUGGACUGGUGCAAAGAUAAAAGACGAGUUGUGAGCUCUUCCCAGGAUGGGAAGGUGAUAGUGUGGGAUUCCUUCACUACCAACAAGGAACAUGCGGUGACUAUGCCAUGUACCUGGGUGAUGGCAUGUGCAUAUGCCCCAUCUGGAUGUGCCAUUGCUUGUGGUGGCCUGGACAAUAAGUGUUCUGUGUAUCCACUGACGUUUGAUAAAAAUGAAAAUAUGGCUGCAAAGAAGAAAUCUGUUGCAAUGCACACAAACUACCUGUCUGCCUGCAGCUUCACUAACUCAGACAUGCAGAUCCUGACCGCUAGUGGAGAUGGAACGUGUGCCCUCUGGGAUGUUGAGAGUGGGCAGCUUCUACAAAGUUUUCAUGGGCAUGGGGCUGAUGUCUUGUGCCUGGAUCUGGCCCCUUCUGAAACAGGAAAUACGUUUGUGUCUGGGGGGUGUGACAAGAAAGCAAUGGUUUGGGACAUGAGGUCUGGACAGUGUAUCCAGUCAUUCGAAACUCACGAAUCGGAUAUCAAUAGCGUCAGAUACUACCCAAGUGGGGAUGCUUUUGCCUCUGGCUCUGAUGAUGCCACAUGUCGUUUAUAUGACCUUCGUGCAGAUAGAGAAGUAGCAAUUUAUUCCAAAGAGAGCAUCAUUUUUGGAGCUUCUAGCGUGGAUUUCUCUCUCAGUGGUCGCCUACUAUUUGGUGGUUACAAUGAUUACACCAUAAAUGUAUGGGAUGUUCUGAAAGGGUCUCGUGUAUCCAUUCUGUUUGGUCAUGAAAACCGAGUUAGCACCUUACGAGUUUCACCUGAUGGAACUGCAUUCUGCUCAGGAUCAUGGGAUCACACUCUACGAGUAAGGGAUUUUUCUUUCCAAAAAUACAGGGAUUUCCAUUGGUAA